AUGGCCACAGCCCAAGAAAUCCUACAACACAAGACUUUCAUCACCCUCUGCCCACCCCAAAUUUCGUCAUUCAUGACCCACGGCUUCCUCCGCCUCCCCAGCGCCAUCCCAAAAGAAACCUGCGAAUCCUACACCAAACACGUCUGCACCCACCUAGGCAUGGACCCCAGUGACAAAACAACCUGGACCAAAGAGCGUGUCAACAUGCCAAAAAACCACAUGACGCCGUGGAUGCGAUGCAGAUCUCGCCCACAGUCUGCAAUCCUAUCUGCGAACCAAUCGGCGGCGAAGACCGGCUCGCUAACAGGCGGCAAAGUAUGGGGCGAUGGUUUCAUCGUAAAUCUGGGCAGUGCUGAAGUGGAAUGUCAUGUUGUGCCGCCCAAGGAGCUGCAGGAGUGGCACGUUGACGGGGACUUUUCUGUGCAUUUCCUGAUUCGCACAAGUUUGGGGGUUGGGAAACUUGGAUUUGCAGCGAGGGGCCUGAACGCAUUGGGAAAUGGCUUCUCGGAACCAUGGAACGCACCCCGUACAAAUUUCGCGGACGAAAUCCUGCAAGCACCUGAUGAGAGCUUCAUCUGGAUGAUGAGGAGGGAAGUAUGGCGAUGUCAUCCUCAUGCAGCCACUCACUUUGCACACGGCGGGCAAGAAUGCGCGCAGAUUGAUCCGCAUCAUAGCCAAUUCUCUCGUCCUAACUCAAGGGACUACAGCCUCAUUGAGCUCAAGACUAUCCAAGACGUCGCCAGCGGCGAUGUGGACAAGUUCAAGGACUAG